CUGCUGUCCAGUGUUGAAGGGUGUUGAGAGAGCCCAGUUCUCCUGUUGCUGUCAUGGGCUUCACGGCGGUGCUGCUGUCCUUCCUCCUGGUGUCUCUGAGCUGGUCCAGAGGAGCCGUCAUCACAGGGGCCUGUGAGAGAGACGUGCAGUGUGGGUUUGGUCUUUGCUGUGCCGUCAGUUUGUGGCUGAGAGGUCUGAGGAUGUGCGUCCCAAGAGGUGUGGAAGGGGAUGAAUGUCACCCCUUCAGCCACAAGGUGCCCUAUCCAGGGAAAAGGCAACAUCACACCUGCCCCUGUCUCCCCCACCUGGUGUGCACCAGAUAUGCUGAUAGCAAGUAUAGAUGUACUGAUGACUUCAAAAGCCUGGACUUUUAAUGGACUCCCAAACAUUCAGAUGAAGAAGAGCCCAGCAGAAACAAUAUUUCACAGUGAAGACUUGAACAGGCUAUGGAUCAAAAACACAUAUUUCAUCUUCACUGACUGUAUUCUUCAUUUGUGUACUCUAUGCACUAUGAUGUAUAGUUUGUGUUCUAUUAAUGCACACAACGAGGACAGGAAAAGAGCUGUCAAGACAGUGUAACCAACAAACAAGAGCCACAGUAGACGUCAGACACUUUUUACUUGACGAAGUCAAGGUUCCUCUGGAAGCUGUUUGUGAACCAUUAAAACAUUUGCUGUUUUGUUUUCAUGCUUAUUUUAUGUUUAAUA